AUGGCGGUGGUACUUGGAUGUGGUACACCAGCAGUCCAGCCAAACACCAAUCGGGUGGUAAACGGAGAGGAUGCCCGCCCUCACAGCUGGCCCUGGCAGGUAAAAGCAACACCUUUCAUACGCCACGGUCCGAUGCCGGCCAAGCUGCAACAGGCCUUGCUUCCCGUCGUGCAGCACAGCAAUUGGGAGAACCCGACGAAUGAGGGCGACUCAGGCGGCCCUCUCAAUUGUCAGGGCGAAGACGGGCGCUGGUACGUGCAGGGGGUCACCAGCUUCGUGUCGUCGCAAGUGUGCAACGAGGCCAAGAAGCCCACCAUCUUCACUCGCACCUCCGCCUUUGCCCAGUGGCUCAGCGAGGUGGUGCUACGCUACUGAAGAGGCCAAAAAAACAAAAACAAAAGAGAGCUACAGAGUCUUUGAAAUGUGGUACAUCAUUAAUUAUUAUUUCUUUUAUUAUAUCCUUAAAAUUUGGGAAGAUGGAUUUUUUGAAGUACUGAAGGCGCCACGUGAUACAGGCCAAAUAUUGAAUCGACUUUACUUAAUGUUCCCGUUAUUUGUGUUGUGUUGUAAUGUUAGUUCUAUGGAAUGGGGAAAAAAGAAGCCCUAGUUUUGCUGCUGUUUUGUUUAAAUAAAAGCAACUUUUUUCUGGAAAGAAAAAUCAUUCAUUAGCCUGACUAUAACAAGCAAGAGAGUGUAUUCAUAAGUACAUUAACUGUUAUACGCAAUGAAAUCAAAUAAAAUACUCGCGAGAUAUGAAAUACACGUGAACGCUGUCGACUCUAUCUACGCACCGGAAGUGUGUUGUGACCUUUCAACCAAUAGAUGGCAGCAGACUCUUGUCAAACCCUUGGAGGAUCCGCUUUGGUUCUCCAUAAUUACAAAACUUUUUUUUUUUUAAGCAUCAUCAGUGUCACCCAGGCUCUCAACAUCAUGACCUCUCACCUAAUUGUGGGGAAUUUGUGGGGGGUGUGGAUGGGUCCUAUCAACUGACUUUGAUGCUUUCAUGGGGGCCGUACGUUUGACCCCCAUUGGGACUGUGCCAGCGAGGCAAACCUAAGCCCAUCAACAUCACUCAUUAAAACAUAUGAGAUGAGUGCUGAUUAUUGCACAGGGAGUGGUGACAGUAUUUUGCACGUGUGUGCGCACGUGCGUGCGUGUGUGUGUGUGUGUGUGUGUGUAAGAGAGAGAGUGAGAGAGGUUAAAGGCCCUUUAUGGAGGCAGCGUUCCAAAAGUCAAAGGUUAGCCUGCACUCGGGAAAACCUGCCGUUUAAUGGGUUAGUCAAUAAAUAACAGUUGAAAAGUGUUGGAUGA